CCAAAAUGGCGCUGGCUGCUGCGCGUCGCGUUCUGCUGCAGGCCGGAUCCCGCCUCGGCCGCAGGGGGGCCGUGGACGGCGCGCGGCGCUUCUCUAACAAGCGGGUGUUGGUGGAGAAGGAGGGCGAGGCAGGAAUCGCAGUGAUGAAGUUCAAGAACCCUCCAGUGAAUUCCCUCAGCUUGGAGUUUCUGACAGAGUUCGUCAUCAGCCUGGAGAAGCUGGAAAAUGACAAGAGCAUCCGAGGUGUCAUCCUCACUUCGGAGCGCCCGGGUAUCUUCUCGGCUGGCCUGGACUUGAUGGAGAUGUAUGGCCGGAACCCAGCCCACUACGCUGAGUACUGGAAGGCUGUGCAGGAGCUGUGGCUGAGGCUCUACUUGUCCAACCUGACCUUGAUAUCUGCCAUCAAUGGCGCCUCUCCAGCUGGAGGCUGCCUCAUGGCUCUCACCUGUGACUACAGGAUAAUGGCGGACAACCCCAAGUAUACCAUAGGAUUGAAUGAGAGCCUGCUGGGCAUUGUUGCCCCCUUCUGGUUAAAAGACAACUACGUGAACACCAUCGGGCACCGAGCAGCCGAGCGUGCCCUUCAACUGGGGACGCUUUUCCCACCAGCAGAGGCCCUCAAGGUGGGUUUGGUGGAUGAGGUGGUACCUGAGGAUCAGGUACACAGCAAGGCUCGCUCAGUGAUGGCCAAGUGGUUCACCAUUCCGGACCAUUCUCGGCAGCUGACGAAGAGCAUGAUGCGGAAGGCCACGGCGGACAACCUGAUCAAGCAGCGAGAGGCUGACAUCCAGAACUUCACCAGUUUCAUCUCCAGAGACUCCAUCCAGAAGUCCCUGCACGUGUACUUGGAAAAGCUCAAGCAAAAGAAGGGCUGACCUAAGGGUGCCACACGGGUGUUUAGUUACACGUGCCUUCUAGGGACCCAUGGUCCCAAGGAUUAUCAAUAAGGUAUUUUUCAAUUUAAAAA